CUUUCCUUUCCCACAACCGCUUCGUUCCGGUUUCCAUCUCACUGCGAAGCCGAGAAGCAGAGCAAAGAAUACGCACAGAGAGAGAGAGAGAGAGAGAGAGAGAGAGAGAUGGGGGAGAGGACAGCGCCAGCAGAGAUGGUGGAGACGAGAGUGGCGACGAGGUCUUCGAUACUGGAUGCAUUGAAGGGUUUAGGAGGGGCGGCAGCGGGGACGCGGGUGGAUAAGGAAGAGCUGAGGAGGAGGAUCUUGAUCCCAGCGGACCUGGCGGCGUCGAUGCGGGAAGCUAUCAAGUUUAGGGAGCCGGGUGUUGCGGCAAGGAAGUAUGCCGAUGCGGCUGCUCAGAGGGGGGUGGUGGAGCCGCCGGAGGCGCCUGUGGUGGUCUUUGUGAACUCGCGAAGUGGGGGGCGACAUGGGCCGGAACUCAUGGCUAGGCUGCAGGAGCUCAUGGGAGAAAACCAGGUUUUUGAUCUAUCUGAAGUAAAACCCUCGGAUUUCGUGCAUUACUUGUUGCUGUGCCUGGAGAGGUUGGCGGAAUCUGGUGAUGUAGUUGCUAAAGUCACUCGAGAGCGGUUGAGGGUUAUGGUCGCCGGAGGUGACGGUACAGUAGGUUGGGUAUUAGGAUGUCUCGGAGAGCUUCAUGCUCAAAACAGAGAGCCAGUUCCUCCGACAGCUAUUAUUCCGCUUGGUACGGGAAACGAUCUUUCUAGGAGCUUUGGUUGGGGCGGCGCAUUUCCAUUCGCCUGGAGAUCUGCUGUAAAACGUGCGCUUCUUAAGGCAACCAACGGUCCUGUUUGCCGUUUGGAUAGUUGGCAUGUUACAGUCACAAUGCCUGAAGCAGAAAAAAUAGAAUUGCCUCACUCUCUUAAGCAUAGAGAGCAACCCAACUUCAGUCAGGAGUUUGAUAUUGGUGGUAAUUUUCCGGAAAGGGUUUCAUGCUUUGAAGGGGUCUUCUAUAACUAUUUUAGUAUUGGAAUGGAUGCUCAAGUUGCUUAUGGAUUCCAUCAUCUACGUGACAAAAAUCCACAUCUUGCACGAGGUCCAAUUUCAAAUAAGCUAAUCUACGGUGGAUAUAGCUGCUCUCAAGGAUGGUUCUUUACACCCUGCACAACUGAUCCUAGCCUAAGGGGACUGAGGAAUAUACUACGCAUUUUUGUAAAAAAGGUAAAUUGUUCAGAAUGGGAGCCAAUUGAAGUUCCCAGAAGUGUUAGGUCGAUAGUUUGUUUAAAUCUUCACAACUACGGAAGUGGACGGAAUCCUUGGGGCCAUCCCAAUCCUGAAUAUCUUGAGAAGAGAGGUUUUGUUGAGGCCCAUUUGGAUGAUGGCUUGCUUGAAAUCUUUGGCCUCAAGGAAGGUUGGCAUGCUUCAGUCGUGAUGGUUGAGCUUAUAACUGCAAAGCACAUAGCUCAGGCUGCUGCAAUCAGGCUGGAAGUCAGAGGCGGUGAAUGGAGAAGAGCGUACAUGCAGAUGGACGGAGAGCCAUGGAAGCAGCCUCUCGAUGGUGAAUACUCAACGAUAGUUGACAUAAAGAGAGUGCCUUAUCAGUCACUCAUGAUUUCAGGGUAAUUGUAACUGUUAUUCGCUAGUUCAUAAUCUAUGUGAGAAGGCUUCUAUAUUCUUCUCAAUGAAAAAAAAAAAAAAUUAAAAAGAUGUGUUGUAGAGCAUAGAGUAUAUUAUGAUCCUUUUUUGUUUACCAUGUAUUUUUAUGGAUCAAUGUGCCUUGUAUGA